GGAGCAACACUAAUCACCAAAGCACGGAAUCACAGCAUAGUAUAUGCUGUGACGGAAUGCAAUAAAAAUAUGGAAAAUAAGGUUAUCUAAAUGGCAAAUGUAUUGUGUAGAAAUUUGUUCGUAUCAUCUAGGAGAUUAUGGCACGUAAAAGAAUUUUCUUUUUUAACCUCUCCUAUAAAAUCUGUUUUACCUAACAAAUUGGCUUCAAAAAGAAAUCAUCCCAAAUAUGAGUAUGUAAAAUUUUAUUCCCUGUCUGGGGAGGAUAAGGAUAAACAUGAAAAUAGUGGUGUAGUGAAAGAAAAUGUAAAAUUGAGUCUAUUUCAAAAAUUUAAAAUAAUGUAUAGGGAUUACUGGUAUGUCCUCUUACCAGUUCAUGUUGUUACUUCAAUAGGUUGGUUCGGUGGGUUCUACUAUAUGGCUAAAAGUGGAAUCGACAUCGUGGCAAUAUUAGAAUCUUGGAAUGUAAGUGAGAAAGUUGUAAACCCGUUGAAAGAUUCCAGUAUGGGAUAUUUGGCAGUGGCUUACGCUUGUUAUAAAAUUGCAACACCAGCAAGGUAUACUGUGACGUUAGGAGGUACCACUAUUUCUAUAAAUUAUUUGAAAAAAUGGGGAUACAUUAAACCAGUCCCAAGCAAGGAGAGAAUGAAAGAAAUAUAUCUUGAGAAAAAAGGAACACUCACAAAGAGUAUGAAGGAAACUAAGGAAGGAAUAAAAGAAAAGAAAGAUAAUAUAAUUGAAACUCUACAUGAGACUAAAGAGGAAAUUAAAGAGAAAAAAGAUAAUUUGUUGAAAAGCGUUACAAAAACGAAGAGGAAGCUUGAAAACCAAAAAUCUGGAAUCAAGGACAAAUUCUCUAGUAUAAAAGAAAAAUCGACCUGAAGCAUUCAGUAAAUAUUUUCCCAUGUAUAUAUAAAAUUCGUAGAAAGAAGAUUUAUAUUUACACUUCAAAUGGAUUGUAUUAAAGUUGAUUUACUUCACAAUUAAAAUAAUAUUUUGACAUACCCAUAAUAAUAAUGUGAAUUAUUGAUAGAAAAAACAUUUUUAAGAAAUACAUCAAAUAGCAGGAUUCAAUUUCUAUUUAUGAUAAGAAUGUCGGCUCAUCUACUCGAACAAUAACAAUUUUAAAAUAAAUUCACCCUCAGAAAAGUGUUAGGGAACCUAAAAUGAAUAACAUUACACUGCAUUCAUGAAUUC